AUGAUUGGAAACCAUGAAGGCGUCAUUACCACUCAAGAUGUAUUGGAAUACGAACCCAGUCUACCGCCUAACUACUCCUCCCAUGACCAAAACGUCCUGAUCCCACCGGUAUAUAGAGCAGCAGCACCACUGUGCUAUCGCCGCUUUCCUUCAAUCAUGACAAUAAAAGCCGGAUGGUCAAAAUCUUUUAGGAUAUGCGACACAAACUCAGACGAGGUCCUCUACUUGGCAAAAUUCCACCCCUAUGGUUGGUCAUGUCCAAAACCGCUGGGCGCAAGGGGAGGGUUUAUAUUGCACAACGGAAUCAGCCAUCAAGAUGCCAUUCUCGCUGCCGCAGGCGACAUAACACUUUUCGAGCAAAAGAUUAACCCUUUUAGCAACAAGAGUCACAUUAUGCUCCCGCCACUGGCUAAAGACGAUAAGAGACAGGCGUCGCGAGAGGUGACGGAGACGGAGACGAUGACCGCAAAGUCAGUGGCAAAUAAUGGGGUCGUAUUUCACUUCUUCGUUGAAGCUGGGAGAGCCAUGAAGAGAGAAAAGUUCGAAUGGAGGAGAUGUGCUGAAGAGGGAGUCGCGUGGAAGCUCGUGAGAUGCCCCAGUUCAUCUCGAAAGGUCCCUCCCGAAAGAGAGAUCGUCGCCAAGCUAUCCUGGGUGCCUGUUUCGUUGGCAACCUUGCUGGAUCCAUUGAGCCUCAAGUCAAUUUUUACGCUCCAAUUUGUAAAUAGUCUCAAAUCGGGCAUUUUGGGCGAGCGAUGCGCUCUUACUGUAGUCUUGAGUGCUUUGAGAUUGUGGCAGCUACGUACAAAGGGGAAACACAAGAGGUCGUAUAUUAGAAUUGGUGAGAGAAUGGGAGAGAAAGACAUUCAGAUGGCGUAA